AUGCUAUUACUUACCAACCCUACUACAAACUCACAGCAGCUCGGUGACAUCGAGAACAUCUGGCCCAGUUUUACCGAUACUACUAAGAGAAACCUUUUUCGUCGGAUAUACAGACUUGAUCCACAGCUUUUCGAGUCAAUCGCCCAAGAGUCAGCAGAUGAACUACGAUGUCAGCAAUCGAGUAUCAUCCAUGGCCCUUCCAACCAGUAUCUUGCACGUCAACCAGAAAGUCAGGACGCGAGUUUCGCAUUGACCGAGAGGAGAUUGGCAGGUCUGCCACCGUGUCGUUCAGAGGCUCAUACCGACGUCGCAUGUGCUAGCCCAGCACAUGCCCAAGAAGAAUCACAAACCUCCAGCACAACAUCGCCCACAGCACAGUUCUCCACCACAGCGCCGCCUGCAGCACAAUCCCCCGGCAAAGCAACGAGAAGGGCAUCCCGCAGUCCCCAAGGCUAUUUUCCUUCUCUCCCAGCUGCCGUAUGGAAGGAGCUAGAGGAACAGUCUCCCGAAGUGUAUCUCAUGAGAGACAACGAAACUCUACAUUCAGACAUUAUUCAGGCUUUGUAUAAGAACGAAGAUGACAUGUGGAAGGUCUUAAUUCGACGCAGGCCAGAUUAUGCCGCAGAUAGCAGAGAGAACUACACUUAG